AAAAACGAAGUGUAAGUUAGGUUAUGUUUACUUCGUUUGACAGAAGUAAUUUGUGUUAGGUAAUAAUAAUACAAUUAACAAAUCUAACAUGUUAUUAAGGCCGAUUUUGUCAAAACUGGUCCGCAACAGGCCGUUAAAUAGCCCGUUAAUUCAAAAUGCGAGCAGAGUAUUUUCAACUGAAGUCGAGAAGCUGGAAGAAACCAGACCAACUGUCAGGAAACCUAAUCCAGUAGCCCGAGGACAGCUCGCAGAUUUCGGUAAAUACGUCGCAGAAUGCAUGCCGAAAUACAUCCAAAAAAUCCAGAUAACAGCAGGAGACGAAUUAGAACUACUUAUCGCACCCGAAGGAGUUGUUCCGGUGCUGCAGUUCUUGAAAGACCACCACAACGCUCAGUUCACCAAUUUAUCGGACAUAGCAGGCAUGGACGUUCCUGCCAGGCCUUACAGGUUCGAGAUCAUUUACAACCUUCUGUCAGUGAGAUUCAACUCUCGCAUCAGGGUGAAGACCUACACGGACGAGCUAACCCCUAUCGAAUCCUGCAACGAUGUGCACAAAGCAGCCAAUUGGUACGAAAGAGAAAUCUGGGAUAUGUAUGGGGUGUUCUUCUCGAACCACCCGGAUCUGAGGAGAAUUCUCACUGAUUACGGCUUCGAAGGGCACCCAUUCAGAAAAGAUUUCCCUCUCAGCGGUUACGUGGAAGUUAGGUAUGACGAUGAGAAGAAACGAGUGGUUGUAGAGCCCUUAGAGUUGGCCCAGGAAUUCAGGAAGUUUGAAUUGAGCGCCCCGUGGGAACAGUUCCCCAAUUUCAGGAAUGCUAACCCGGCUUCGGAAGAAGUACCAACAGAUAAAAAAUAGGUGUAUGUUUGUGUUAUGAAUUCUAAAUUGCUUUUUUUUCUAUUUAAGCUCUUUGAUGUAUGGUGAGAGCGUUGUAGGAGGAAAGAUUGUUAAUAAAACUAAUUUUAAAUACGGA